AUGAAUCCAGAGACAAAGACAACGUUAGGUGUCGUUUUUAUCAUUUUAGCUGUUUUGGCGUUUAUGGCAACGAUAGUUACACGUAAUUAUUUAAAUAAUUUGUUAAGAUUGAGAAGUAAUUUUAUUUAUGAGAAGUCACUGAAUGACACGUGGCAUAAAACAGUGGCUCUAGGCUUUAGCAGCAGAAAAGCUAGACAAUUUUUUAGCAAUGAAGUAACAUACGAGGCUCAACUUGGAUUACCACCAGAUGAGACAGAUAAAUUUCCUGAAUUAUUUGAUGAUCAAAAUGAACAUGUGCAGCAAGAAGCAGAGCGAAUUCUGAAGGAACUAAGAGCUUUAGAAAAAAUAAAGAAUCAAUAA